AUCAAGUCUGGCUGUUGAAAAUAUAUCGAGCUACAAUGGCGGAGAAAGAUGAUGAACUCGAAGAUAUUCCAGUUGGUCAGGUUGAUGAUCCAAAUUUCAUGAAAACGGUGCCGUCAAAGGAGGCAGGCGUGGAAAGAAUUCCUCGAACGCCAAGGAACAGGAGCUCUUCCAGUGAAAAAAGCAGAGGAAAGAAAUCAAAGAGGUCUUCAAAAGAGCGAAGAGAAAGUAAGAGAUACUCAAGCGAGCGCAAAGAGAGUAAGAGAACAAAAGUAGCUUCGGAGGAGGAGCGAAGCGACCUGCAGGUGGAAAUAAAUGCACAAGGUAUAAAAUCCAAUAAAAACGACAUGUUAUGGCAAAACUAUGGCGGAAGAAAGCAGAUACAUAUCCUCAACAAAACUGAAUCUAUACAUGCUGUGAAGAUUCGCUGCUCUGACAAUACUUUGUUCCAAAUUACACCACCGAUGACAAGUAUUCAACCAUUUGAGACAGUCAAUAUCGGUGUUAGACGAUUCAAAACACCAAUAAAACCGGACAAGAUCAACAUCCUUGUAACACCGACAGCCAGAGUAGAGCGGCAUCUUAAAGAGUUGUUUGCUAGCCCAUAUCUGCCAGUUUCCAAACUUACAAUUAAGCAGCAGGUUGAAGAGAAUCCGAAUGAAAUACUGGCUUACUUCACACCUUGUGCUCCUGCUGGAAAACCAUGCUUGAAGUUUGACAAAGUGAAGCUCAUUUUCAACAAGGUUGGGGGUGACCAGAGGCUGCGCGUUACCAACAAUCUUCCAAAUCGAAUUGGCAUCAAAGUACAGUGCACGGACAAUUUCCUCUACAAAUUCAAACCGAUAUUUACCAUUAUGGAACGUAAAGAAAGUCUGCGGUUCAAAAUUUCCCGAAAUCCUCAUCCUAAGAAAAGAGACAAAAUGGUCAUAUGCACUACAGUGGUUAAGAAACAAUCCAUUUCUGAUCUUCCUGAUUACUUCGACAAGAAGGGACUGAAGAUUACCGAAAUACAUAUACCGUUGACGUGUACUUGAUGUCAGUGUUUUCGUGCCAUGAUUCAAAAAAUAAUCACAGUCAGUACAAUCGUCUAGUAAUA